CUUUACUUGAUUCGAGUCCUAACAGUUUACGAGCAUAAAGGAAAUGAACCUCAGUCCAGGUGGCCAUCUCGCUGGUAGCUGCCGCCUCUUGGGCGUUGCGCUCGUGGUGGACGACAUCAGCAAGGGCUGCAACCUAGCCUUCCGAUACCCCGCUCCUUCCAGCGAGAAUGGCUCUAGUUUUCACACGCUUCCUGCCCCCCUCUUAGCGAAGCUCUUCCGGCCCAAGAACGCACUAUGCAACGCCAGCUUCGAGCUUGUAGUAGACGAUCUGCGUUUCGUUAGCCACCCAGUGCUUGUGUCGCGUCGAUUACCGGCAACGGCACCUGCGGAUGGCCCCAGUGGUGGCUCUACGACGACAAACGGCUCAACAUCGGCCACAGGAGCAUCCUCUACAGUUGUAGAGCAAUCAUCAAACAGCUCCACCGGUGCAACGGGGAACGAGACGACUAUGUUCAACAUCAUUUUCGCACUGGAAGACCGUCCUCCACAAGUAUCAAGACCUGCUGACGCUAUGGAUGGGACUAUUGACACGCAUUUGCUUCCUUUACAACAGGCAGAUGAGGAGGAACUUUUAGCCAGAAGACGGAGCAGCGCUCAAGCUUUCCACACUGUAGCGGCGCAGUUGGCCAAUGGACUUUUACACGAGGAACUUCGCGUGGGUUUUGUGUCAAAAGAAGUGAGGGAGUUGCUACAAUUAAGGGACGAAUUAGCUCAAAGUGAACGCAAUGCAGGGAGCAACAAUAAUGGAAUUCCAGGUGUCACCAGUGGGAACAGUGUAAGUGCAGCGGUGGCAGCCGGUGCGACGAGUGGCAGUAGCCUCACAAGUAAUACGGGAGGAAAUACUGCCACCAGUGGGUCGAGCUUAAUGCACCAUCAUCACCACAGGAAGGACGGGGAGAACGGAUCGUCGACAGUGGAGGUGGAUCCGCAGACUUUAAUUGAUGUUUCGUUAGGGAAAAGUGUACUGGCCAAUGACUUGAAGCGAGUUUUCCAUGGACUGGAAGAAUCUGGAGCCGCUCAUGUCGUACUGAAUGGAUGGGUGAAGCUGUCGCUAACUCUAACGGACGCUGUUACGGUGAAGAUGGCAAGCUUACGACCAUACCACACGCUUCUGUUACUGGCCGAUAAAGAGGAUAUCCUUAGCAAACUACCUGUAGACCAUGCGCGACAACUGCGUGAUCUGGUUGAUGCUGUGAAUCCUCUCAAGAGCUUCCAAGAUAUUGCACUUGAGACUGGUGUGCCUAUUCACCAGGUUUUUCGACUAGCAGCACAUCUCGUUUAUUGGGGUUUCGGGCGUAUUGUGGAUGCUAUCACCCUGUACAAUAUUUAUCAAGUCAAUGCGAAGGCAGAUCUACACGUUACGUCACCUCUUGCGUUGGAGUUUAGACGCAAAUUUGCUCCUUAUGAGUUGGGUGAAGUGUUGUCGACCUUCUCGGGUUCUCGACGUAUUGGAGAGUACAUGAAGACCUUGUCGACGGCGAAGAAGACCGAGUACAUCCACAUGCUCAUCUGGCUGCUACAACAGCGUUUCAUUGUACAGCUUCACCGCUACAUCUAUUUUAUGAUCCCGUCCGAUGGAGACUAUGCUGCAGAGCUCGGUAAUGGUGCAUCAUCAGUGGGGAGCUCUUCUCCUGCUUUAUUGGCGUCUAGUUUCCGUCGGCAACGAGUCAAUAGUAGCGCGACCAACACCAGUGCGCCUGGUAGUUUGCCUAUAGCUCAGACUCCGCCAAUGAACCCAGCAGCCAUGGCGCCGUCCCCUGUGCCAGCACCGCUGGAUGAGAAUCCUGCUGCAGACUCACGUGUACCUAUGGCGCAAGUGAUGAGUGUGGCUAGUCAGCUAUUGUUCACAGAUCAAGAGCGUGCGUAUCUGGCCAAGAUUGCCAAACCCAACCCAGUCUUUACGCUUUUUAAGAGGUUAUGCGUCUACUUCCAUGGAGAGCAUCAUAUCGAAGAGAUCAUGUGGCGAGAGAACCUUUCACGUGGCGAACUUCGCACAGUCAUGAGCACAUAUCAGGAUAUCAUUGUGUGUUGUCUGCACGAAUGAUUAGCUCAGCGUAAUGUCGCGUUCUGAUACAAGAAAAAAAAAUUCUGACCAACUUUACAGUUAAUACGUUCGGGAUUAGGGACAAACCAAGAAGCAAGCCGGCUACAGCUACGAAGUUUGUUGGUAUGCAACUUUUCUAUUCCUUUCUGUGUCUGACGCAUCCCAGUUAAUGCAACUUCUUGCAACUUU